AAAAUUGAGGAUACAUUUUUAUUUUUUUGUUUUAGAAACUGUGAAAGCGUCACGGAAAUUUCGACUUUUGUGCAAAAUUUCGAAAUGGCCCUUCAUUUUAGUGCACAGCAGUUCGAAGGCCGAUUCCAGUCGAAGCGUCUCAACAACUGGGAAUAUCCGCGAUUCUCACCACCCCGCCCACGUGGUCUGCAGAAGAACGCCAAGGUUGUGGCGGCCAAUAACGGUCACCUGCUGCCCGAAGUGAUAAAGGAGGGCAACUCAUUUGGCCAAUAUCGUGGAACCUACGAGCUACCGCGUCGAAUAACCCGUGCCUUUUGCGCCCACUACGAUGCCUGUCUGAGUGGGCGGUACAAGUUUGUUGACUUUCCGCGUGACCUGUGCAAUUGUCAGCGAGAGAACCGCAGGGCACUGGCCUGCGAUCAGCGGUUGACCUUGGGCCACAAGGACGAUCCCUACUGGAUGCGCGAACGGUGCCAGACGAAGUGCGAGGGACUACAGAAGCUGAGGGCGUUGAGCGAGCGGAGUGCGCGCUGCAAUCGGGCCAAGUGCGACGUGGUGAGCGAGAAAACCGUGAAGAUGACGCCGAAGGCAAUCAAGACGACGGGUGUGGCCACCGAAAAGCGGCGUCGAAAGCGCACCAUAACCGCCUUUUCCAAAGGACGAACGGCAUUGCAUCCCAAUGAGCUGACCAAGCCGAUUCCAUCGUCGGAGAAACCGGCGGCGACUGUCGCCACUCCCAAGGACAAGCCGAAGGACAAGCCAAAGGACAAGGAGGCGGGCAAGAAGGAUAAGACGAAGGAUAAGGGCAAGGAGAAAGAGCGCAAGGCGGCGAAGGGCCAUUAGUAAAACUUCAUUAUUUUGUUCAACCGAAAUUCAAAUCAAAUUCAUUGUAACCGCAGGUUUAAAAUACAUUUUAAAGGGCAGCACGAUUGCACUCAACAC